UGUUCUACACUCACGUUUAUGUAUAAUGUCUCAACUAUUUUGAGAUUUCUAAGUAGAUAUUAUCUUGAAAAAUUGAAGAAAACCUUUGUAUCUCUUGAAACUCAAUUCAUAGCCUUUUCUUUUUUGUUAUGGAGUUGUUCUUGGCAUUCUGUCUGCUACUAUUAUUCUAUGCCAUCUCCAAGCUUUGUAAGUUGGCAUACCAAAAGAGAGACCAACGUUGUUAUAUGCUAAGCUACCAGUGCCAUAAAGCCGCUGAGGACCGAAAGCUUGAUACUGGAUCUUGUGCUAAAAUUGUUUUACGAAACAGUAGUCUGGGAAUAGAAGAAUACAGGUUUCUUUUAAAAACUAUGGUUAGUUCUGGCAUUGGAGAAGAAACUUAUUGCCCGAGGAAUGUCAUAGAAGGAAGAGAGGAAUCUGCAACUCUUAUGGAUGCACUUUCGGAGGUGGAUGAUGUCAUUUUUGAUACUCUUGACAAGCUCUUUGCUAAGACAGGAAUUUCUCCAUCAGAUAUUGACAUUAUUGUCGCUUCAGUCUCUCUGUUCUCCCCAGCUCCCUCUCUAACGGCUCGAGUAAUAAACCGUUACAAGAUGGGGAAGGACAUCAAGGCAUUCAAUCUCUCUGGAAUGGGUUGCAGUGCAAGUGUGGUAGCGGUUGAUUUAGUCAAGCAAUUGUUCAAGACAUACAGGAAUUCAUUUGCAAUUGUUGUGAGCACAGAAUCCAUAGGUCCAAAUUGGUAUUCCGGAAAAGAGAAGUCCAUGAUGCUCUCCAACAUUCUAUUUCGUACUGGGGGCUGCUCCAUGCUCCUAACAAAUAAUAUAGCUUUGAAGGAAAAAGCCCUCUUGGAAUUGACUUGUGCUGUACGCACACAUAUCGGCUCUGAUCACGAAGCAUACAGCAGCUGUAUCCAAGUAGAAGAUGACCUUGGCAACAGAGGCUUUCGCCUCACUAGAGAUCUACCAAGAGCUGGUGCUAAAGCUUUAACCAUGAACCUCCGAGUUCUUCUUCCUAAAGUUUUACCACUGUCAGAAAUGCUCCGCUAUAAAAUAAGCUAUUGUCGAAAUAAAAUAACGAAGAGGUCUAAGGGUAUUGCAGGACCUGGUUUGAAUCUCAAGUCUGGAAUCGACCACUUUUGUGUGCACCCUGGUGGACGCGCGAUUAUCGAUGAGGUUGGUAAGAGCUUAGCACUCAACGAUCAUGAUCUUGAACCAGCUAGAAUGGCACUUUAUCGGUGUGUAAACACACCAACCGGUGGCCUGUGGUAUGUUUUAGGUUACAUGGAGGCCAAGAAAAGGCUCAAGAAAGGAGAUAGGAUACUGAUGAUCAGCCUUGGGGCAGGUUUUGAGUGCAACAAUUGUGUGUGGAAGGUUAUGAAGGACUCGGAGGAUAAAAAUGUCUGGAAAGACUGCAUAGAUCAUUACCCUCCAAACACCUUUGCUAACCCUUUCUCUGAGAAGUUCGAUUGGAUCAAUGAUGAAAGCAUGAGAUUUGCCAGGCGUGAAGAUUACGUACCCAAGAUAUGCAUAUAAUAACAAAUCCAGUUAUAAUUAUUAGCAGAAUUAUACUGUUGCAAUAUUGGUGUGUUUAAAUUAAGGUAAUUUGUCUUAAGACCUUUCUUUCAGUCCCAUAUAAUUGUGUGCAAGUAACUUCAGGUAUAAUUCUGAUGAUGCCCACAUUGGUCUUGUAAUAAUGUUACAACAAGCUGUU